CCCGGAAGCGGUGGCGGGAGCGGCGGGGCCGCGCCAUGGCGGGGACGGCGCUCAAGCGGCUGAUGGCCGAGUACAAGCAUGCUACAUCAGAGAGGAGAGAAGAAAACAAAAUUUCUGGCAGAGCGGAAAGAACAAGAUUCUGGUUUCAAGCAUCUCAGUCCAGAUGCUGUCAGAUAUUGAGAGCUGACCCUGAACCCACCGGAAGGGAUAGUAGCAGGUCCCAUGAAUGAAGAGAACUUCUUUGAGUGGGAAGCUCUGAUUAUGGGUCCUGAAGACACCUGUUUUGAGUAUGGGGUUUUCCCUGCUAUUCUGAGCUUUCCACUCGACUACCCGUUAAGUCCUCCGAAGAUGAGGUUCACGUGCGAGAUGUUCCAUCCGAACAUUUACCCAGAUGGGAGAGUUUGCAUCUCUAUUCUUCAUGCUCCUGGGGAUGAUCCCAUGGGAUAUGAGAGCAGCGCUGAGCGGUGGAGUCCUGUGCAGAGUGUGGAAAAGAUCCUCUUGUCAGUUGUUAGCAUGCUGGCAGUCUUUCUCGUUUCAGAGCCAAAUGAUGAAAGUGGAGCCAAUGUAGACGCCUCGAAGAUGUGGCGGGAAGACAGAGAACAAUUUAACAAAAUUGCCAAGCAGAUUGUGCAGAAGUCACUUGGACUUUAAGCUCACAAACAGACUGAAGUGUUUUGUAUUUCUCUCCGCCUGAAAACGAGCAGUGCUCAGUGCUGGUACCAAAAAGGAACACUUUGCAAAACUAUUAGCCUAGUUAUUCUUAUCAUUCGUUAUUUAUUUACCAUCUCUUUUCUUCUUCCACUGCUCCAGAGAAGCCUCUAGUUCACUCACUAAAUUGUGUGGAAAAGGGAUUUAAUACUAUGGAAAAAUAUGGAGACAAUGCUGUUUCAAAGGCUGCUUGUUGCUACCUCACUUCAUCGUAUGGAAAGCUUGGAGACUUUGCAAUCUGCAGCCCGCCUUCACCAAUCUGCUGUUUGAGAACAGAGCUGGUUUGGAUCACCUGCUGGAAGAAUUAGUUGUAUGUUUUUCUAGGUAGCAUUGCAUCUGGAGCACCAGUAGGCAGGAAAUAAUCUAUCAAUUUUAUGAUACUCACUAAGUUAAGGACAGCAUUUGCAGUCAGCACUGAGUUGAAGAGUAUAGUUAGCAAGAGAGGCUAUAAAACAAGGUUAUAGUCAGAAUGCAUUAGCAAAGAAAGUGAUUGUGCAGCAUGUAACUUUAAAAGAAGAUCUAGGGAGUUGUUGUCGGUGUCUGACUGGGGGUCCAGAAUGGGCUGGUGUUCCCAUUUAACACUGUGAGUUUGUAUUGAGCCUUUGAGUCAGUGUUUGCUUGGAAGAAAUCCCAAGAGUUGCUUUAUUACUCCUUGAAGACACUUAAUUGUAAACUUUACAUUCAAUUAGAGGUGCAAGAUGUGAAAACUGGAUUCUUAAAGGUUUUGGUCAGGUUCACCAUGGACGAGGUAGGUCAUUGGCAGCCUGAAAGUCCAGUGAGAAUGUGUGUGCUCCACUGGGCAUGUAAAAUAUCUCUGCAAUACUGUCAGCUCCUCUUCUGUUGACAUUUGGGUGUUGAGAGGAUUAGGCACUGCUGGCCUUUGCCAUUACAGCCCAGGUCACCCGUUUUUCAGGUGAACCAGUGAAGAGGGACGUGAUGGAUUUUGUAAAAUGAACUGUAACACUUCUUUAUGCUGACUGCUCUUGUGUAUUUAAAUAUUAGUCAGAGAAGACACCGACUGUGUUCUCUAGGGGAUGGUACGACACAUGUUUAGAACUGCAGAGCAUUGUAGCCAACCAUUGGUGGAGGGUGUGGAAAGCAUGAGCAGCCACAAUCAGUUUGUAAAACUGCUUAGGGGCCACUGAUGACCUUUGUGCUUUGCAGGUGAAUCUCUUGUGUAGGUCCAAAUCUUCUCCAAUUUACUACAAGCAAUAACAUGCCCAUUGAUAGGACAUGAAAACAAAUUUUGUUGGCAGCUUUAAAUGGGCUACAUUUGAAAAGGGCUUUGCUUUUUUUUUUUUUUUUUUCCCUCCCCUGUGACAAGCCUGUGACAUUGAAGGAGUCGCACCGUGGAGAAAGCUUUACAGAGGUGAUUGUGUGCAUGCGCAUGUGUACAACUCAUCAGUAUUUAUGUCUUGCUGUCCAUGCUGCAUAUUCACGUGCUGCAGAUCGCGGUAUACCAUUGUUCUGCACCUCUGAAGAGUUUGUAUUGCUACAACUUGCUGAUUCUGCCUCCUUGUAGAAGUAAUUCUUCUUGCUUUGGUGUAAGGAUGGGAGGGGGACCUGACAUAGUUUGGGAGCAGAGAUGAUUAAAUAGUGUUGUACCUAACUAGUAUUUCAAGGCAUACAGGAAAAUGUAGCACAUCUAUGCAGACUGGGAGCUUUUUUUGAAUUGUAGUAGAUGGAGCACUGGUCCUGGGAGUACUGCAGCCACUCUUGGAAACAACUCUGGAGAGCUGCGAGCACCACGUGGCAAACGAUGGAUUCAGCAGACAUGGCAAAAGCGGGCUUUUUUAAAGUGCAGAGUAUUUUAUUCAUGUGUGCUCACUCAUUAUCUUUAUUUUAUGGUGGAAUUUAGUCUGUAUACUGAAAAUAAAGUGAUUAUAUUUUCUCCUUUCCUAGAUGUA